GAAUAAUUCAUUAAAAAAUCGAAAAUAAAUCAGGAAAAAUGGGAAACCAUCAGAAAAAAAUUGGCAAUAAAUCUGAGACGGUGUACCUUUCAUUACAUAGCAUGAGGUGCCUCUAGGUGCUUCUGGUGUGCUCGUUUAUGUAUCGCAAGACCCUGAACUACAUUUGCUUCUAUUGCAAUUGGAAAUAAUCAUGGCAGGGAUCUGUCGUUUGACUGCGAAGAUAGGAAAGUCAUUAAUAUCUGCAGAAUCUAGAAGAUGUAUCUCUUUGACUUCAGUGGCGAGAGUGAAAGAAAUCAGAGAAACGCGAGUCGGCAAGAAUCUGAUUAUCGAGGGUGUGAUAGUUCCAUCUCCUAGAGAAAAGCUACUGGUAAAAAAUGAAUCAGAAAGAGGAUCGUGCCCUCUUUGUGCUACGGGAUUAGAUCUAAAACACACGGAUGUUCUGAUACUUAGUCAAUUCUUAAGAUCGGAUGGUGGCAUGCUACCUCGCCGCAUCACAGGGCUUUGUAGAACGCAGCAAGGGAGGGUGGCCACUAUGGUUGCAAUGGCUCAAAAAGCAGGCCUAAUGUCAAACUUGACACCAGCAACAAGUAAGAAGGAUCCAAAAAGAAGAUGGGACUGGAAAAAAUUCAACACUUAUUUCGAUGAAACAACUAUAAGAUAUAAAUUUUAAUAUGUACAAUAAAUCAGGGCAUUCUUUGAUAAGAAAAUAUGUAAUAAAUCAAUCACAGCUGUCAUAGUGUUUCAUAGCAUUAAAAAAAAAAAAACUCCGUUA